GUUGGAGCAGGUCGUGCGUUUUGCGCGGCACGGCCGUAUAGCCAGACGCGCACUGCAGGAAACUGGAGUCCAUUCAUCGACGCAGCCUCCUCUCUGGUGUGUGAAGGAAAUCCAGAAUGGCUUCAGGGAUUAACCUCUCCUCGUGGUAGAACUGCUCAGAACGUCACCAUUUCUGCGCCCUGGGAAAUUCCAUAAUGUAAAUAUAUUCUGCUGGGUUUUUUUUUUUUUUUUUUGUUCUUCUACCUUCAGCCAUGAACCUUCAAGGAUCUACAGCUGUUUCCUUACCUUGGAUUUAAUACCUUUGCUCACCACAAACCACCACAGGAGCCUGCGGCGGCCAGUGGUGCCGACUGCGGCGGCGGCGGUGGUGGUCAGAGGAUCUCGCCACCUUGAACCACAGGGAUAAGUUUACUUGCACACCACCAUGAGGAUAUCUACCACCUCGUGUCUCUGUCCCUUUCUGGUCUGCUUGUGCUUCAUCCAGAGGUGCAGUGGGGCGAGUCACCACGUCCCUGCCAAAGUGCCCUCCAAGAACCAGACCAAACUGGCCAACGGGGAGACAGAGGUGCACCACAGGCCGAAGCGAGGCUGGAUCUGGAACCAAUUCUUUGUUUUAGAAGAACACAUGGGACCAGAUGCUCAGUACGUUGGAAAGCUUCAUUCAAACUCAGAUAAAGGCGACGGAUCCGUCAGGUACAUUCUGAGCGGGGAAGGAGCUGGGACUAUAUUUAUCAUCGAUGAGGUGACAGGAGAUAUUCAUGCUACAAAGAGCCUGGAUCGGGAAAGGAAAACACAUUAUGUCCUGCAUGCACAAGCCUUGGACCGCAACACAGAAGAAGCUUUGGAACCAAAGUCGGAAUUCAUCAUCAAAGUGCAAGACAUCAAUGACAAUGCACCCAAAUUUCCAGAUGGACCCUUUGUAGCUACGGUGCCAGAGAUGUCUGAAGUAGGGACGUCUGUGUUGCAAGUGACAGCGUCGGAUGCCGAUGAUCCCACCUAUGGAAACAGUGCCAGAAUAGUCUACAGUAUUCUGCAAGGACAGCCAUAUUUCUCUGUUGACCCCAAAACAGGAAUCAUCAGGACUGCCUUAGCGAACAUGGACCGUGAAGCCAGAGAGCACUACACCAUUGUUAUUCAAGCCAAAGACAUGGCAGGCCAGGUCGGCGGCCUCUCGGGCUCUACCACCAUCAACAUCACUCUGACAGACGUCAACGACAACCCGCCUAAAUUUCCCCAAAAAAAUUACCAGCUGUAUGUUCCUGAAUCUGCUCAAGUAGGAAAACCUGUUGGGAAGAUCAAAGCUAAUGAUGAGGACCUUGGCAUCAAUGCAGACAUCAAGUACAGCAUCAUUAACUCAGAGGGCGCCAAUAUGUUCUCCAUAUCCUCUGACAGGGACACGAGAGAGGGAAUUAUCAGCCUCAAAAAGCCUCUGAAUUAUGAGAGAAAGAAGACCUACACGCUCCACAUUGAGGGGAUGAACACACACGUGGAUCCGCGUUUUUCCUACCUUGGUUCUUUCAAAGACACUGCCACCCUUAAAAUCACAAUCGGAGAUGUGGAUGAGCCUCCAGUCUUUUCUAUGGAUUACUACAUCUUGGACGUUUACGAGAACACACCAAGUGGCACAGAAGUUGGAGCUGUAACUGCCCAAGAUCCCGACAGCAGGAGCAGUCCCGUCAGGUAUUUCUUGGACAACAAAGAGGACAGAGUCCGGUAUUUUCGAAUCGAAGAGGGAAGCGGCGUUAUCAGGACGACCCAGCCGUUGGAUAGAGAAGACAUGCCUUGGCACAACAUCACUGUGAUGGCCUCGGAGGUUGACAAUCCCAGCCUCUUUAGCCACGUUCCUGUUACCGUUCAGGUCCUGGAUGUGAAUGACAAUCCCCCAGAAAUAGCUACAGAUGAGGAGGUGAUUGUGUGCGAGAGCUCAAGGCCAGGACAGGUGAUCCAGACGGUCACAGCAGUGGAUAAGGACGACUUCGCCAAUGGACAGAGGUUUUCCUUCGCGUUGUCGAGCAAGCUACCGGUUAAUCCCAACUUCACCCUGAAGGACAAUGAAGACAGCACGGCAAGCAUUGUUGCAAGGCGCCGGCGCUUUAACCACCUGAUCCAGGAGUUGUACGAGCUGCCCAUCGUGGUGUGGGAUGGUGGGGAGCCUUUGCUGAGUGGCACCAGCACUUUGACUCUGCGGGUUUGCCCAUGCCAGCGCCAUGGCAGGAUCAGGGUGUGCCAAGGAGAGGCGUUCCUGACAUCGGCAGGUCUCAGUACUGGAGCGCUCAUCGCCAUCCUGUUGUGCAUAGUUAUCCUGUUGGCAAUCGUGGUUCUUUUCAUCACACUGAGAAGGAGCAAGAAGGAACCCCUAAUCAUCUCGGAAGAAGACAUCCGUGAGAAUGUGGUCACCUAUGAUGAUGAGGGCGGAGGUGAGGAGGACACAGAGGCCUUCGACAUCAUCGCCCUCCGUAACCCCGCUGCUGCUGAGCAGCUCAAGUUCCGACGGGACGUUCGCCCAGACAUAAGACAACACUGCGUUGUGUCUCGCAGCCAACAGAGCCCUUCAGUAGAGCUGGACGAGGUGGAUGUGCACGAGUUCAUCAAGCAGAGACUGGUGGAAGCUGAUGUAGACACUAGCGUGCCACCAUAUGACUCCCUCCAGACCUAUGCUUACGAAGGCCAGGGUUCAGUGACAGGAUCCAUCAGUCCUUUAGACUCACCUGGCACACAUUCCGAGCAGGAUUAUAACUACUUGGACGACUGGGGACCUGAAUUCCAGAAACUGGCAGAACUCUACGGAGAAGCAGAGGUUGAUGUUAUGACCUAGUCUGUGGUUCCACUCCUGUUAAAACCAAAUCUGUUUGAAAUUCGCUUUUCAAAAAUUUCAGAAUCUAACACAAACAAACAGAUGCUUUUGAACUGUUCCAGUUGUUCCAACGUCUACUGUUGAACUAAAUAACUGCUCUUUUCCCCCUCCCCCAUUUUGUCACUUUUGAUCAUGGGUCAUUUAUCUGGAAGUAUUAAAUGAGAUUUUGAAAUGGAAGAACAAAAAUAUGGAGAAAAAGGAAAAUAUUUUCCUUGGUGUAUAUUUUUUAUUGUCCAAUAAAGUUCUGAAAUCCAUUUGAGUGGAUGUGAGAAAGUCUA